UUGAGGCAUAAACUGGCGAUAAAAUGGAUAGAGUAAGAAACAAAACCAAUGGAAUGGCGGCUGCUACAGUAAUCUUACUGCGAGUUGUCAUUCCGUGUUUUGAUCCUGCUCCUCUAGGAUUUUCUUUUCUGAUAUUAUUUUGUUUAUCUAUAAGUGGAGGAGGAUCUUCUUCCGCCUCCUCUUCAAAUGGUGGCAUGUUUAAUGUAGAUUUUGGAGGAACAUGAUUUGUUCGGUUAGCAUCGUGAACAUCCUCCGACACAAUAUCCGGAGGGAUGUUCUCUUGUUCAGGUAAUUGAUUAGUUUGGUCUGGUAGUUGGUGACCCACUUCGAGGGGGUAUAUUCGAUUUACGGGACGAGUAGUAACACGACCGUUAGGCAUGCGAAGCUUGACACUCCGGAUUGGCCCUGGGUCGCCAUUUAAUUUCUCUACUCGUGCCAGCGACCAGGUAUUUCUUGGCUGUAGUGCCUCUUCAACUAAAACCACAUCGCCCAGUUUCGGGGGAGAGUUAUUUUGUAGGCGCGGUCCGCUAUGUUCCCAUUUCGAAUUGUCUCGAAGCAUAAUUAAAUAUUCCUUUCUCCAACGCUC